GGGGGUGUUUACCGGAACGAAUUCAGCCCGCUACAUGAGUGAGGGUGUAUAGUGAAGUGUGCGCUGAGGGGGGGGGGAACCUUUGCGGAGCAGUUUGUUUCCACUCGGACACAGCAGCCGGCGCACACGCCUGGAACGCUAAAGUGGACUUAGGGGAAGUUCAAAACUUUGACGGGACUCAGUUUGCAAGGGUAGCAGCACGAGCUCAGAGUCUCGCCGUCAUGUCGGCUCCCGGGCGCGCACCCCUGCGGCUCCUCUGUGUUCACGGCUACCGGCAGAACGACGCCACGUUCCGAGACAAGACGGGCGCUCUUCGGAAACUCCUGAAGAAACAGGCGGAGCUGGUGUACAUAAGCGCCCCGCACCGCGUCGUCCACAGCGCAGCGCCGCCGGCGGAGCCGGAACAGGGAGCGACGACGGCGGGCACCGGCGGGGAGGAUCAGCCUGAUCAUCAGGAAGCGGACUCCCGAGGCUGGUGGUUCUCGGACGUUCGCGCUCGUAGCUUCGACGCGGCGCAGCAAUGCGAGGCGAGCCUGGGGCUGGAGGACAGCGUGGACGCCGUGAGGGAGGCCGUGCGGACCUUGGGGCCCUUCGACGGCAUCCUGGGCUUCAGCCAGGGCGCUGCGCUUGUAGCGAUGCUGUGCGCGCUGCAGGAGCGGCAGGUGGAACCCGACUUCCGCUUCCGCUUUGCCAUUUUGGUGGCGGGCUUCCGGAGCGCGUGCGCGCAGCACGCGAAGUUUUACGCCUCCGCUCCGCUCGCCAUCCCUUCGCUGCACGUCUUUGGCCAGACGGACCGCGUGAUCCCGGAGGCCGCGAGUCGCGAGCUGCUGCCGAGGUUCGAGAGGCCGGAAGUGCUCGCUCACCCGGGGGGCCAUUUCGUACCAGCAGCCUCAGCCCACAGGCACGUUUACCAAGAGUUCCUGGAGAAAUUCUUCGUCAAAGGGGAGCGAAAGUGAGCCGCGGUGUGUUUACUCGCCGGAGGAGGGGACUGUCCUUCCUUGUGUCCGCUACACGCACUCGCUUAGGCAGAGACUUACUGGCGCUGUUGCCCUAGUAGUUGGAACUCAGUGAAUAUUAUGUACUGCAAGGCAAAGUAGGCCCACAUUGAUUGUCCUUGUUACGUGGUUUUCCAUGAUCAGGAAGCAUUUUUACCGUGUUUGGGUUCUCCUGACAAUUGGUUAGGUAAAAUGUUUACAAGCAUUAUUACAACUCUUCAUGUGUGUUCUACGUAUUGGCUUGUGUAUUUGCUGGACCUUUCCAGUAAUAAAGUACU